AUCCUCGACACGUGUAUGAACUAUCAUGCUCGAUAGUAUCGGAAGGAUUGAAGGCUCGCUAUCGAUGGUGGUCGGAAGAUACCGGGUGUUGUCCAUUUCUCGCAGGCGCGUGAGUGUUAUCGCGGAUGGUCGGAUGGGAAAAUUGAUGUUCCGUCGCCGUUGUUAUUGGUUCGACGACGAGGUACGAGAACCACUGGGAAAAUGUGAACGUAUGGACACCCGACGUUGUCUGUCCGACUCGACUCGGUGUUCAGUGUCGUCAGUUCGAUCCGGUCAGUGGGCCAUUCAGCAUGAACAACGAGCGCAAAGAUGAAGUGUCCGUUUACUCGGUUGGAAGCCAGAACCACCUGGUGCCGAUAAGAUCCAGGAAAACUUUCUUCAAGAAGCGGACGCAGAUUUCCAAUCUGAUGGUAAUAAUUCUUUGCUUCCUGGUGGGUUCCUUGUUGAUAACAGUUGUAGUGCUCGCGGUACUUUAUGCAUGUAGCACCACGGUGAAGAUAUGUGAUAGCGAGGAUUGCGUGCGAGUAGCGGCUAGUUUGAAGGAAUCUAUGAACGAAUCGAUAGAUCCUUGCGACGAUUUUUAUCAAUACGCAUGCGGCAGAUGGCCGCAGGAGCAUCCUAUUCCGGAUUCCAGCCUGACGAAUUCCUGGUUCAACGAGCGUAGCGAUCGCGUAUCCAGGAAGAUCAGAGAUCUGCUAAAAGUCAAUAUUUCUGCCAGUGAGGUACCGUGGGCAGUGAUGCAGGCCAAGACUCUGUUCACCAGCUGCAUGGACGUGCAUUCCAUGAACGAACUCAAUUUGUCACCACUAUUCGAUUUGUUGGAGUUAUUAAAUUUACCCAUCAUUCCGGCGACUAUUACUAACAAAACGACUAGUUACAUCGAACAACUCGCAAGGGUAAAAAAAAAUUUAGGCUAUGACGUUUUCUUUGGCUUCGACGUCAUGGCUGAUCCAAAGAACAAGAGCAAGAACUUAUUGAUCUUCCACCUUCCGGAUCAUUCCAAUCCUUUUCCCACUGAUAAAGAAUUGGAGAAGCGGUUGCAAAUCAUCAGAUCGCGAUUGCGAAAACUAGAUGAUUUAGAUGAAACUAUAUUGAGCGAGGAUGAAGACGCCGAACUUAUCUAUAUGACUGAUAUUAUUAACCAAGUCAUCAGCAAUGGCACUGUUAAUGAAUGCAGGCCGGAGGCUGAAUCUAUGAUAUAUAGAGAUGAAUUGGAAGAAUUUGUUGAGAUGCUUUACAACGUUAGCAACCUCCUCUAUUACGUGGUUCGUGCAAAUCGAAAUCAGAGUAUUUCCAUGGAAGACUUGAGCGAUAACGAUUAUAUCCUGGUAGACGAUCUACAAAAGUUGACGGACGAGUAUAUAAUGGAUAGUAAUUCAUCUUUCACGCCCAAACCGAUUUGGCGCCCUUUCAUUGAAUCACUUUUCGAGGGGAUCCUUACGUUGGAUCUUGAUAACAAGGAUAAAGUUCUCAUCGGCAACUUGGAAUACUUGAAAAAUGUUGCAUUGAUAUUGGCUUCUUUCGAGGAGGAAGAUCUCGAAAGUUAUAUUUGGUGGGUUAUUGUGGAUAUUGUGGCGCCCCACUGUUCCGAAAAGCUCAGAAACAUUUGGAACGAGUACGUGAAUAAGUUAAUAGAGGUAGAGGUAGCGGAAUCCAAGUCGUUGCACUGUGCAUCAGUUGCCAAUGAAUUAAUGGGAAUGGCGGUAUCAUGGCUGUUCGUAGACCCCACAUUUCACAAUAACAAAGUCAAUAAAGUACUGGAAAUGCUAGAAGACAUAAGAGAAGCGUUCGCCUCGCUUGUCAUUAAGACGAAUUGGAUGGAUCAAUCGACGAAAACGGCGACACUCGAGAAAAGUCGGAAAAUGGGAUCUGAAAUUGGAUUUCCCACGUGGCUCUUUAACGAGGAGAAACUUAACGAGUAUUAUAAGGGCAUAGACCUAUCGGAAACGAAAUACCUGGAGAACAUGAUUCAAAUUAUUCGAUUGGAAUGGAAUACCACAUUGGCGAGACUACAUGACGAUAAUUUAUUCAAUGAGUCAUACUGGGCAACUGACCCUACCGAUGUAAAUGCGUUCCACACGUUUCAACUUAAUCAUAUAACCAUACCUGCCGGAAUACUUCAAUUCCCAUUUUAUGAAUUGGGUCUUGAGGCCUUAAAUUAUGGCGCCAUCGGCACGAUACUUGGACAUGAAUUAACUCAUGGAUUCGACAGUAGCGGUCGGCAUUACGACAGUGACGGAAAUCUCCGGCAGUGGUGGACUAAUGAGACCAUCUCGGAGUACUCUGACAGAACUCAAUGCUUCAUAGAUCACUAUAAUACAUAUUACGAGAACGAGGUCGACGAUUACAUUGAUGGCGAACUGACCUUGGGCGAGAACAUCGCCGAUAACGGCGGCCUUCGCGAGGCCGUCAUCGCUUACGAGAAGUGGAAAGCCCGGCACGGUCGGGAACCUCUACUUCCGGGAUUCACGCAGUUCACGCACGAGCAGUUGCUCUUUCUUUCUUUCGCGCACUUGUGGUGCGAGUCUUAUACUGCUAAAUCACUGAAGUGGAUGCUGGAAGAUUCUCAUUGUCCCGGUCACGUGAGACUUCAAGCUGUACUAAAAAAUUCCAAAGAAUUUAGCACCGUGUGGAAUUGUCCCGCUGGAUCGAACAUGAAUCCGUCGAAAAAAUGUCAUGUGUGGUAGCAGCUGCGUCUUCGAUAAAAAACAAUGUUUGUUAUUUAAUAUUGUUGAUUAAUCAAAUGUUUCUUAUUUCGUGAUAUGGAGCUCAAAACAAUAAUAAUCCAGCGUUAAAUUAAAACAAAAUUAAUUUUUUAUCUCGUGAGAUUCAUGACAAGUUACAAUAAUGCAAGAGCAAUAUUUAACAGAUAAGAAUUCUUUUUCUCUAUUUCAAAUUUAAAUCAGUGAAAAUUGAUAUAGACUUACGAAGUUUUGUGCAUGAGUUGCAGUCGCUUUAAUUAUUGUUAUCCAUUCGUUAUAUAUAGCAUGUGACGAUUUGUUUCUAUAUAAUUUUUGUAAGAUUUUUCGCACUGAUACGCUGGGGACACCCCAUUAUCAUCGAGAAAUCAAAGAAUGGUCCAAUAAUGUUUGUAAUAAAAGAGCUUUAUUUACAUACAAAAUAUAUAUUCUCUAAUUCCUAUAAUCCUUUUGACAUCUUUCCAAUUUUUAGAUGUCUAAAGGACGUCUUUGAUCUUGUUAUUCCAAUCUUGUUAUUCUGUUAUUCCAAUAUAGGAUA